AUGCAGCGCUCUAGUUCUGAAAUGGACUCUUUGUCUAACUAUUCAAAUUCCAAAUUUUUGAUUGCCCCAUUUGAUGAGGAAACGCAAAUAUUUGAUUGUCAUUGUCAAUCCUGCAUGAGAAGUGAGCAGUUAAAAAAAGCUUUUUUCAAAUUUUUCUGGAUAGGUGUUAUAAUCCCAAUAUUCUGGAUUAUCAACCUUGGUUUGUACUUUUAUAUUCAAUGGUAUCUCCGUCAUGACGUUUAUCAUCCAAAAUUAAAUGAUGAAGAAUUUCCAACCUUAUUUCAGAGCGAGCUUAAAAAUAAGAGAAGCCUGGUAAGGUUAAAAGAUGAGAGCAUGGAAGAUAUAAACAGUAUCAAUGCUAGUGAUGAACUGACAAUAGUAGCAGACCCUGUAGAUUCCAGAACAGUGCAUGAUAAUGAUGUUGCUAAACUGAAGACUCUAAGGUUCAACUUCUUGAAGGAAGCCGCUAAUCAAGUAAUUAAUUCGCAUGACAAAAUGAGAAAAUAUUACAGAACAUGGACUUUGAGGUCGAUACUUGGCUUGACGAUAGACAUUGUAAUAAUAAUUUUUGUCGUUUUACUUUGCACAAAAAGUAGUCAAAAGAAUAAGAAUAGAAAUUAUAUAAUAUGA